AUGAGACCAAUCCUUCUCCAGGGUCAUGAACGAUCCUUGACCCAGAUCAAGUUCUCACGGGACGGCGAUCUUCUUUUCUCGGUAGCCAAGGAUAAGAACAUUUGUGUCUGGUACUAUGCGAACGGCGAGCGACUAGGCACCUACUCUGGCCAUCAGGGUGCGCUAUGGACCAUUGACCCAAGCCCCAACACCGUACUGCUCGCCUCGGGAGCGGCAGAUAACACAGUCAAGCUAUGGAACAUCAAGACCGGCGAGUGCGUUAAGACAUGGGACUUCCCUACGGCCGUGAAGCGGGUCGAGUUCUCUGCCGAUGGAUCGAAGCUGUUGGCGGUUACAGAGAAGCGAAUGGGCUACCUGGGCACCAUCGUUGUUUUCGAUAUUGCAUAUGGAGACGGUGAGGGGAACAACCUCCACGAGCAGGCCGACGAACCCAUCUUGAAAAUCACUUGCGAGGAGAGCAAGGCCACCGUUGCUGGCUGGAGUUACCUGGCGAAAUACAUUAUUGCUGGACACGAGGACGGAAGCAUCAGUCAGUACGACGCAAAGACCGGCGACCAGCUAGAAAACGUUCAGGCACACGAGCUCGACUGCAAGAUCACUGAUCUUCAGUUCUCCGCUGACAGGACAUACUUCAUCACCGCCUGCUCCGACAAAUCGGCCAAGAUCCUCUCAUCAAGCACCCUCGAAAUCCUCAAGACCUACACUGCCGAUACCCCUCUCAACACAGCAGCCAUAACGGCAAAGAAGGACUUCGUCGUGCUCGGUGGUGGCCAGGCUGCCAUGGACGUGACUACCACCUCCGCCAGACAAGGAAAGUUUGAGGCCCGAUUCUACCACAAGAUAUUCGAGGACGAGAUCGGCCGUGUCAGGGGUCACUUCGGUCCCCUGAACACGAUCGCCGUCCACCCUGCCGGCGUUGGCUAUGCGUCUGGCGGAGAAGACGGAUACGUACGUGUUCAUCAUUUUGACAAGUCCUAUUUCGAUUUUAUGUAUGAAGUUGAGAGGGAGCAGUUGAGGAAGUGA